GCUGUCUAGAGACGAAGAGGUGUUAACCUAAAGAAAAUCCCUAUCCAAUUUUUCAUCUGAACUCUUAUAGUUUUUAAACUGUCGUUUGCGAUAGCGUUUUAAGCGAUUGCAUAAUAGCUGCUCCGUGUUUUACCGUUUUUGCUACUUUUCUUGAUGUAUUAAAUAUGUGAGAGGAUCGAACUGUUUCUGAAAGCAGUCUUUGAAGAAUUUUCGUCACAUAUUUUCUUUAGUUGUGCGUGUUUUACGCAUAUGGAUACUUUUACGGAGCGGAGACGCUAGAUUAUGCAUUCCGCAGGAUGGGUGCGAACAAUGGGAAACAGAGCGGGAGUGAAGAAUCAGGAUGUUCUGGAUCUGUUCCAGUCCCACUAUUACUUUUAGAGCCAAGGAAAGGCAGUUCCAGUAUUUCCUCCGACCUAAGUUCAAGUACAGAUCAGACCUCGACCAAAGCUCCAAAGAAUGCGGCUACCAGUGAAGACUCGGAACUUAGCAUGCGAACAGUGAGCACACCAAGUCCAGCUCUGAUUUUGCCCUCUCGUUCUUCCCCAGCUAUACCUAAUGGCUCCUCAACAUCCUCCUCCGCCUUCAGCACAGAAACUAUUGCCAUGGUGCACACACCCCCCAGCUCCCUCACCCACCCCCAAAAGAGCCUGCGGCAACCAAAGGACCACCAAGGGGCGCCCAUCGACAUCCUUCCCGACCAUGCCUUUCUACAGAUCUUCACCCAUCUGCCCACCAACCAGCUGUGCCGCUGUGCCCGAGUAUGCCGACGUUGGUACAACUUGGCAUGGGACCCCCGCUUGUGGAGGACUAUUCGUCUGACGGGAGAUGUGCUACAUGUGGACCGUGCACUUCGGGUUCUCACUCGAAGACUCUGCCAGGAUACCCCCAAUGUUUGUCUUACCUUGGAGAUGGUUGUGGUUAGUGGCUGUCGGAGGCUGACUGACCGUGGACUGUACACAGUUGCACAGUGCUGUCCAGAACUCCGUCGCUUAGAGGUUUCCGGCUGUUACAACGUGUCUAAUGAGGCAGUGUUUGAAGUGGUGUCACGCUGCCCCAACCUGGAACACCUGGAUGUUUCAGGGUGCUCUAAAGUAACCUGCAUAAGUCUAACUCGGGAUGUGUCAGUCAAACUCUCCCCUCUUCAUGGCCAGCAAAUCUCCAUCCGCUAUCUUGACAUGACAGACUGUUUUGCUUUAGAGGACGAAGGCCUGCACACCAUUGCUGCCCACUGUACUCAGCUCACUCACCUCUACCUACGUCGCUGUGUGCGCCUGACCGAUGAAGGUCUGCGUUUCUUGGUCAUCUACUGCCUGUCUGUGCGCGAACUCAGUGUCACUGACUGCCGCUUCAUCAGUGAUUUUGGCCUGCGGGAGAUUGCAAAACUUGAGGGCCAUCUGCGUUACCUCAGCAUAGCGCACUGCGGCCGCAUCACUGACGUGGGCGUGCGUUACGUAGCCAAAUACUGCAUAAGACUGCGUUACCUGAAUGCUCGUGGCUGUGAGGGACUAACAGACCAUGGCAUUGAGCAUCUUUCCAAAAACUGCCUCAAAUUAAAGUCCCUGGACAUUGGGAAGUGUCCUUUGGUGUCAGACGCAGGCCUGGAGCAGCUUGCACUAAACUGUUUCAAUCUGAAAAGACUCAGUCUGAAGUCAUGCGAAAGUAUAACAGGCCGUGGGCUGCAGAUUGUGGCAGCAAACUGCUUUGACCUUCAGAUGCUGAAUGUACAGGAAUGUGAUGUGCCACUUGAGGCCCUGCGCUUUGUCAAACGUCAUUGUAAACGCUGCGUCAUUGAGCAUACCAAUCCAGCCUUUUUCUGAGAGCUAGAAAUAUGGAAUUGUAGAAGGACUUGAUAAGAUAAUCUCUUUUGACCUGCGAGAGUGACUUCUCUGCUAAACAAAUGUAGAUGAGAUUUCCACUGCUGCGCCUUUGUAUUUAAUUUUGCAUGGUUGGGAGAAAUCCUAACAAAUACUUGUUUUUAAUCCAUCUAUUUAUGUUUUUAUUUACUUAUAUUUUUGGAUUACUCAUAUUGCCUAUGUCAGAUUGUAUUACAUUUAAUGUGUAUAGAAAUUUGUAUUUUCAAAGAAAAUAUCAAGCAAUUAAUGAUCAAAAAUGCAGUUUAUUGAUGCUUUGUGAUGUUAACAAGGUUUUUAUUUUACAUGAGUUUUUUACAUUUAAUUUUUAUAUGUUUACAUUUUAAAUCUCUGUUCUGAAUGUUUAGCUUUGUGUUUCAUCGUGUAAGCAGAAUAAUUGGUUUCUAUCUUGGUUUCAUUUCCUAGGAAUAUGACCAGUGUAAUUUUCACUGUGAUAUUUACCUUUGUAAUGGUCAUUACUGCUUGUUUCAUGUGCUUAAUGAAAGGAAGACCACAGUGGAAUAAAUACGUCUAA